AUGAAACUGCCAACUUCAAGCACCAAUGGGGAGAAGAUGAAGAGCCUCUGUGUAUCCAAUAACAAAAAAAUAAUAAGAGCCUUAGCCUCCAAACAAACAGAGUUUAAAAAAGAAAGACAAAAAAGGUCAGAAUAUCCAGCAAUAUUAGUGUUUUACUACAGGAAGGAUAAGAAAAUAAAUUCAAAUCAACUGGAGAAUGACCAGUCCUAA